CGGGUCUCCUUCCUCCUUAACUUUUUUUUUUGGUUUCUGCAGUUCCUCCUUAACUUCUUACCAUCACAAAUCAGCUUCGUACUUCAAGCGCCAUUGCUUUCUGCAGUAUGCAUAUUAUAGUGCUCCGGAAGCACGACAACGAUCAAUAGGCCUAGCUUGAGUCAAAACACCUCAUCAUCGCAUCAUGAAUGGAUCCUGCCUGAAAGUACCAGAUCCACUCGUAAAUGUUUCUCUGACAAAUCUGACAGAUGGGCGCCAGUGGCGCUUACCCAAAUGAUUCGGAGGAAUGUUGAAGGAGGUAUCCGGGGUCCUUCGCCUGCUCCGAGCAAUGGAGUGAAUAUAAUACGCUCGACAUGACUUCGCCAAUAGCCUCAAGCCUAUUUUCAAUCUUCUCAAAGUCUGGCAUGUCUUUCGCCCACAAGCCAGCACUGGACUCCCCCGACCCCACUAAGAUUAGCUCUUUCGGUCCCUCAGACGCGAGUGGACAUCCGCGUCAAAACGAAAAAGCACUUCCUCACUCCCGACCUAUACAACGAAGCCUCGUACAAUUGUUAUGGCGAACUAUUUUUCUUCCGAUCAUCGCUUUUGCAUACCUUGGGUUUUGCUAUGCGGCUGCCACUCGUGUCAUUCCUGUUCACGUCUAUAAUAUCAAUAAUCCAGUGGAUCAUCUAUUUAGUAUAAAGGCCGGAGUGACGACGAUCAACAUCAUCCUCAUCGGGAUGGCUUUGUUACCUCUCAGGGCUCUUCUGAGCGACCUCAAAAGCGAAGAAUUCUUUCGGGUGCUCCAUAAUUCCAAAUCGAAGGGUGUCCCACUGAAAGCAGUCAAUAAUGUUUCAUCCCCAAGUCGCGACUUGAUGGAAAGUUUGUCUUCGAUAACCCGGAAUACCUCGUCGAAAUAUUAUUCCACUGCAAUUUUGGCUGGACUUUUCGCCGUGAUGAUAUCCUCAUUGGCUCCUGCGGCGCUAUCUGUCGGUUUGAUUCUAGUUGAAGGCGAUAUGACAGCUAUCGAGGUGGGGGCAGUGGCUCCCCGCAGUAUAUAUCAGUUCGACGUUCUCAACGGCUUCUCGAGUGGCGCCAAUGUCUGGUUCAACGGGCGGAUAGCGGAAGCGGCAGCAAUGGGAUGGGUCCAAACUGUUCUAGGAAAAAACAUCCCCUUCCUUCCAACUUCCUCCCAGUACGGGGUACCUGUACCGCUACGAGUGGAUCCUACCGCUCGAGCCCGCUAUCUUACCGACGUCAUCGUCCUGGACCCAGUAUGCAACUGGACAAUCCCGAAUCCACCUGCAACCAUCUCCAAAGUAGACAACAUUACUAGUCUUCAAGCAGUUAACAUCACUCUCCCAGAUCAUUCCAUCUCGGCUACCUACAACGGCCUUAGCAAUUGGGAUCAAAACAAGAGCGUCGAAGUCAUCGGUAGUGGUGAUUUUGGUUUGGUCAUGUCGCUUAAGAACACGACGACCGGUGAUGCUAUCACGGAUGGAAGUAUGGCCUGGAUAGUCGCUCAGCUUACUUCAGGACAACAACGUGACUUUGCUUCUUCAACGACCGAUACCUCCGUAUUGGACCUCAGUGGCAUUCCAACGCAAGAUAUCUCUUAUAACUCAACCACUACUUCCAUCUCAAAUCAAACGAUGACGUCGGUUCGAUUCAGUGUUCUUGUUUGUAAACCUCGUGCCGCUGUCGAGACGCGAGAGGUCAGGUUGGACGGAAACGGGGGUUUAGAAGUUUCUGAUCGGAGAGGGUUGACGAGGCAGGGCAAUCUUGAUGACGGGCAGGUUAGCCUAUUGCUAGGGAAGAGCCUCGCCAAGUACACUACAGAUUCAGGUCCAGAUACAGGUUACGAGGGCAUCGGAAAAGCAGGACAAGUUCGACUUUUUUUCGGCCCUAAUUUCUGGAACUGGACCGCUACUCCAGUCCUCAAACCCCUUCCUCUCCAGGACAUCACUUCAACAUACAGGUCGGCAGUUCAAGCAUCUAUGACUUCGUACUUGUCCGGGAAGAUAUCCACUUCGUUCGUUCCCGGACGGAUUCAAUCCGUAAAGCUCGUAUUCACGAGUUCGCUGCCACACGUUAUCGUUUCUACCGUUCUAUUUGGAAUUGUAACGAUAUGGAUCAUUGUCUGUUACUUCCGCCCACAUGCGGCGAAAUUCACACUGGUUUCGGUGGCCGCAGUGUUGGGCCAAGGUUCUAAUGUAGUAGAAGUAUGUGAUAGUGUAAGUGACUCCGACGAGGUGGCCUUCAAGCACUUGAAGAAUCGUGGUGUUCGGUUGGAGGAUCGGAAUGGUCUGGGGAGCAGCCUAACGUUGCACAUAUUGUAAUGGGUAGUAGCAAGUUCAGCUUCUUCUUGUCGCUCAUAUUUACUUAAUUGAUUAUAACUUGCCGGAGUG